UAGGCAGAGUGAGAGCUCACUAACCUUUUAAAUUAUCUCCGUGUUAGCUAAACAGCAUGACCUGCUUGUGUGUCCCAAUGACAGCCAGUUGGGUUUAAAAUGGUGAAAAACAGCUUCACAUUGCGGCCAUUUAUUUAAGAGACAGUGAAUUAGACAAGUCUGUGAAGAUGCCAGCCGGUGUGUCUUGGCCUCGGUACCUGAGGAUGUUUGGUGCCAGUAUAGUGGCCAUGUUCGCAGGGGCACAGGUCGUCCACCAGUACUACCUACCUGAUCUGAGUAUACCAGAGAUCCCACCAAAGCCGGGGGAGCUUCAGACAGAACUCCUGGGCUACAAAGCCAGAGAAGAAGCGGUAGCUGCGAUGCAGCAGCUUAAAGCAGAACAAAAGGUGGACUGAUGGCAGACUAAGUCCAGUUUUUGCCAACAUUUAGAGGCAGCCACGUGCCUGGGAGAAAAGUUCUUUCCGGGGUCAUCUGCACAUGGAUAUUUUCUGUGUUUGGUGUUUUCCUCUAAUGGAACAAACAGGAGUGGAAUAAAAUGUACACACCCGUCUGGCUGCUCGGGAUAAGGAUCAUAUCUGGAACAAGGUCAUUUGGUUUAUACAACCAUUAGUAUCCUUGUCUCGUGUUAAUAUAUGUCUUCAUCCUUUUUGAACGUGUUUGCAUUUUAAGACCGAGGGAUGGAAUAUGUAAGAGAGUACGCAUGAACACACACUGAAGUCAUGAAGUAAUUCUAUACUAUUCAAAAGUACAUCUUUUGAUUGUUUUUAUCUUAGCAGAGAAAAUGUAUUUGAAAUAAAAAUAUCAAACUAAACCUUUGUCAUUACUUUGUGGUAAAUGUUCUAUAUGGAAAUACUUAUAGGUUUGCAAAAUGAAUUGUCAACAAUAAUUGAUUAAUUGUUUAAAGUCAUUUAUCAAGCUAGAAGAAGAUUUUAACGCUUUUCUCUGUAUUGUAUCAUUUUAAAUUAAGAAGUUUUGUUGUUUUGGACUGUUGGUCAGACAAAAUAAACAACGCCAAGACAUCACCUUUGA